AUGGCACCGCCAGGCGAGGCAAAGAAAUCCAUCGUCGGCAAGCUUUUCGGCGGAAUCCAGACCAAAAUAGACAGAAUCGUCAACGGAACCUUCCAGCGUCACUUUUGCGAAUCGCGCAGGACCGAGCCGACGCACUGCCGCCGUCUGAUCAUGAUCGAGUGCACCUACGACUUCCCCAUCACCACGGAGGAGUUCCUCCUCCAGAUCAGCAACUGGUUCGACCCGCACCACGGCUCACUGGCCUCGCGCCUCCAGAAAAAGAUGUCCGGGCUCGGCCUCAGGAGAGACCACUCGGACGGCAAGCGCGUUUCUUUUCGAAUGUUUUUCCUCUUUGGCGAGAAUAUCCCCAUUGAGUACGACAUGAAGAGGGGCGCGCCGGAGAAGCUGGAGCGUGUGUUGGCCUGGAAGUUCCCGUUGAGUAAGGUUAGCGUGGCGAAACGGGAGGUGAUUACGUGUGACGUGGUUCGGGAUGUUUUCAACUCCCAUCUGACGCUCCACGAGAAUCGAUGUCGAGACGGAACGUGGGUUCACAAGGACGGGACAUCCGUACCAGCGCUACAAGUAGCGACGUCGUCGUUUGAUGAUUGGAAGGCGCAUCGGGAGACCUUGGACUGGCGGGCGGUAUAUGGAGUUGGAACGUAUUAG